AAGAGAUUUACUAAAUCUGGAGAUCUGACAGUGCACAAGAGAAUACACACAGGAGAGAAACCUUAUAGCUGUGAUCAAUGUGGGAAGAGAUUUGCUACAUCUGGCAAACUGACUUCACACCAGAGAACACACACAGGAGAGAAACCUUACAGCUGUGAUCAAUGUGGGAAGAGAUUUACUUCAUCUGGAGAUCUGACAGUGCACAAGAGAAUACACACAGGAGAGAAACCUUAUAGCUGUGAUCAAUGUGGGAAGAGUUUUGUUCAAACUUGCCAUCUGACUCUACACCAGAGAACACACACAGGAGAGAAACCUUAUAGCUGUGAUCAAUGCGGGAAGAGUUUUACUUCAUCUGGCAAUCUGACAGUGCACAAGAGAAUACACACGGGAGAGAAACCUUAUAGCUGUGACCAAUGUGGGAAGAGAUUUGCUACAUCUGUCAAACUGAGUCUACACCAGAGAACACACACAGGAGAGAAACCUUAUAGCUGUGAUCAAUGUGGAAAGAGAUUUACUUCAUCUGGAGAUCUGACAGUGCACAAGAGAAUACACACGGGAGAGAAACCUUAUAGCUGUGAUCAAUGUGGGAAGAGAUUUGCUACAUCUAGGAGCCUGACUCUACACCAGAGAACACACACAGGAGAGAAACCUUUUAGCUGUGCUCAAUGUGGGAAGAGUUUUACUGCAUCUAGCUCUCUGACUUCACACCAGAGAACACACACAGGAGAGAAACCUUAUAGCUGUGCUCAAUGUGGGAAGAGAUUUACUAAAUCUGGCAAACUGACUCUACACCAGAGAACACACACAGGAGAGAAACCUUUUAGCUGUGAUCAAUGUGGGAAGAGAUUUACUUCAUCUGGAGACCUGACAGUGCAUAAGAGAAUACACACAGGAGAGAAACCUUAUAGCUGUGAUCAUUGUGGGAAGAGUUUUGUUCAAACUUGCCAUCUGACUCUACACCAGAGAACACAUACAGGAGAGAAACCUUAUAGCUGUGAUCAAUGCGGGAAGAGUUUUACUUCAUCUGGCAGUCUGACUCUACACCAGAGAACACACACAGGAGAGAAACCUUAUAGCUGUGAUCAAUGUGGGAAGAGAUUUACUUCAUCUGGAGAUCUGACAGUGCACAAGAGAAUACACACGGGAGAGAAACCUUAUAGCUGUGAUCAAUGUGGGAAGAGAUUUGCUACAUCUGUCAAACUGACUCUACACCAGAGAACACACACAGGAGAGAAACCUUAUAGCUGUGAUCAAUGUGGGAAGAGAUUUACUUCAUCUGGAGAUCUGACAGUGCACAAGAUAAUACACACGGGAGAGAAACCUUAUAACUGUGAUCAGUGUGGGAAGAGAUUUACUAAAUCUGGCAAACUGACUCUACACCAGAGAACACACACAGGAGAGAAACCUUUUAGCUGUGCUCAAUGUGGGAAGAGUUUUACUACAUCUAGCCAGCUGACUUUGCACCAGAGAACACACACAGGACAGAAUCCUUAUAGCUGUACUCAAUGUGGGAAGAGUUUUACUCAGUCAAACAGCCUGGUAUCACAUCAGAGAACACACACAGGAGAGAAAUCUCAUAGCUGUGAUCAAUGUGACAAGAGAUACUCUGAUAAAAGAUCUCUGAUUAAACAUCAGAAA